GUGCUGGACAAAUGACCCAAAGUCGCAUGUGGAUCCCCAUCCUGGACUUCCCGAUGAUGGUCCAGGCCUCCAGAAUCCUUUCCUGCUCUUAAAUUCUUGGGACCCAGAAGGGGCAGGUGCUGGAGUAUCUCUGCCCUGGGAUUAACCCGUGGGGACAGAACUCACAGCACAAGGCAGGUGUGCAGAUGGCCCUGAUGCAGACGGUGCCUACGAGGGGCUGAGCUCUGGGGUGGCUGUUCCCUGUAGUUUCCUGUGAGCCCGUGGCCCUUUGGAGCUGGCAGCCUCCGCCCGUUCUCCGGAUGAGGAAGCUGAGGCCCAGGGAGGGGAAGCACAGGCUGGGGCGCAGCUGCCCUGAUGAGCACCCCCUGCUGUAAGGGCCCUGGGCUCUGGGCUCCUCGUUCUGGGUUUUGUGGAGGGAGUGCCAGAGCCAGUGGGCCACCAGGCUUGGGUGCCGUGUCCCUAGAGUGUCCCCCCAUCGGGAUGGAGUCCCACCGUAUCGAGGACAACCAGAUCCGGGCCUCGUCCAUGCUGCGCCACGGCCUGGGGGCACAGCGAGGCAGGCUCAACAUGCAGGCAGGGGCCACCGAGGACGACUACUUUGACGGGGCGUGGUGCGCUGAGGAUGACGCUCAGAGACAGUGGAUCGAGAUAGAUACCAGAAGGACCACCAAGUUCACAGGCGUCAUCACCCAGGGCCGUGACUCCAGCAUCCAUGAUGACUUCGUGACCUCCUUCUUCGUGGGCUUCAGCAACGACAGCCAGACGUGGACGAUGUACACCAACGGCUACGAGGAAAUGACCUUCCAUGGGAAUGUGGACAAGGACACGCCCGUGCUGAGCGAGCUCCCGGAGCCAGUGGUGGCCCGCUUCAUCCGCGUCUACCCGCUCACCUGGAACGGCAGCCUGUGCCUACGCCUGGAAGUGCUGGGGUGUCCCAUGUCUCCCGUCCACAGCUACUACACCCAGAAUGAGGUGGUGACCACGGACAAUCUGGACUUCCGGCACCACAGCUACAAGGACAUGCGCCAGCUGAUGAAGGUAGUGAACGAGGAGUGCCCCACUAUCACCCGCACGUACAGCCUGGGAAAGAGCUCCCGCGGGCUCAAGAUCUAUGCCAUGGAGAUCUCGGACAACCCCGGGGAUCACGAGCUGGGGGAACCCGAGUUCCGGUACACGGCUGGGAUCCAUGGCAACGAGGUGCUAGGCCGAGAGCUGCUUCUGCUCCUCAUGCAGUACCUGUGCCGCGAGUACCGAGACGGGAACCCCCGCGUGCGCAGCCUGGUGCAGGACACGCGCAUCCACCUGGUGCCCUUCGCUGAACCCCGAUGGCUACGAGGUGGCAGCGCAGAUG